AUGAUGACCCGCCGGAAAUCGGUACAAGAGUCUAGCCUGCAGAUGCAAAUCCAGCUCCAGGAGCGGGCAGCCGAGGAGCAGCUUGAGUUCGGAGCCAUCGCGACAGGAAUAGCUAAUAUUCUUAGCCCCAGCAGCUGCAGCAGCAGCACAGCCACCGCCACCACCCCGAGUGGCAACAGCAGCCCGUACAGUGUAAUCGGAACCCCGCAGAGCGGUUUAUCAGGCUGUUCCGGUGGUAUGUUACCACAGCAAUCAACCACAGCGCAGAUCGUCGCCAAUGGGUUGGACACCAAAAAGACUGUCAGUAUAUCUAACGUUUCAUCAACCGCAGGAUGGAGUACGCCUAGUUCCGUCGCUUCGAUGAGUGCAGCAACCGUCACGACAAAUAUCCCGCACGCCACGGCCACAAAGCCUGCCACCGCAAACAGAAGUAAAACGCCCCGGGUUUCGAAACGGAGCGCACCGGCCGACUCUCCCAUAGGACAAUCGACGAGUUCGUUGGCCAGUACCACAACGAACUGCACCAACACGGUGCCCACCACCGGGCACGUUACGGGAGGAAUUGUUGGAGCGACCGUCACGAACCCGGUCCAACAGACGCUCGCCCAAAACGGCAUGGAUCCGGACGAGAUUCCAAACUUUAAAGGUUACCGCAUCAUCGAAAUAGACCACUUCCUGCAGUGGGCUGCGUACUCGCAGUUUAUGCACUCGAAACAUUGCCCCGGGGGACUGCUGAAGCCGUACCAGGAGUACAUCAGCGGGUGCUACUCGACGUUCGCGAUGAAGUGCAGCAAGUGUUCGGCGAUCAUCACGCGCUCGUCGGAGAACUACAUUCACCACAACAAGCUGAUGAACCGGCUGGUCAAGGGCACGGUGCAACUCGGUAAGGACUAUGAUGAGAUGCAGCAGUUCAUGGAUUCGCUCGAGAUUCCCUUCGUGACUCGCGAGGAAUUCCAAUCGAUACGGGGUCAAGUGAGCUCAUCACUUGAGGAUCAGUCGGCACUGCAGCGGGCCGUCGAGGAGCUCGAGCGAGCGUCAUCGGUGUCUUCUAAGCGCAAGCGACACGGCAGCUGCAAGUACCACUACGAGGUCCUGAAGGUGUACCUCAAUAAGAGGAUGAAGAAGAUCGAAGAGAACCUGCAGCUGUCUGUGAACGAUUCGGUGGCGUUGGCAGUGAAUGCGCACCUGAAAAACGUGUCCCACGUGCAACUGGUACCCAACGGUCAUAACAGCACCACAACCUGUACAGCCAUUAGCGGUACGAUGAACGGAUAUAACCCGUCACCGGGAGGCAUUGUUGGGAGCCUCGGAAGUGGCCUGAACGUACAGAACAGCCCGGUGACGUUGAGCGGUAGCAACAGCAGCAUGUACAGUCUUAGCAGCGUCAGCAGUAGCAGUCGGUCCGGCAUUGGGGGGCUCUCGCUGUCGGAAUCGGUGAUCGGCGGUGGCGGAGGUCGACUGCCGUCGAUGAAUCACUGA